AUGCCCAGCAUCUUCGCCUACCAGAGCUCUGAGGUGGACUGGUGUGAGAGCAACUUCCAGCACUCGGAGCUGGUGGCGGAGUUCUACAACACGUUCAGCAAUGUCACUUUCCUCAUCUUUGGGCCUCUCAUGAUAUUUCUGAUGCACCCUUAUGCCCAGAAACGCUCCCGCUACAUUUAUAUCACCUGGAUCCUCUUCAUAGUCAUAGGUCUGUUCUCCAUGUAUUUCCACAUGACGCUCAGCUUCCUGGGCCAGAUGCUAGAUGAGAUUGCUAUCUUGUGGCUAUUGGCCAGUGGCUACAGCAUAUGGAUGCCCCGUUGCUACUUCCCGGCCUUCCUGAGGGAAAGCAGGUUGCAGUUCUCACUCCUGGUCAUCAUCACCACCGUGGUCAGCACCUUCCUGUCCUUCCUGAGGCCCACAGUCAACGCAUACGCCCUCAACAGCAUCGCCGCGCACAUCCUCUACAUCGUGGUCCAGGAGUACAAGAAGACGAGCAAUAAGGAGCUUCGGCAUAUCAUUGAGGUCUCUGUGGUUUUAUGGGCUUUCGCCUUGACCAGCUGGGUCAGUGAUCGUUUGCUUUGCAGCUUCUGGCAGCGGAUUAGUUUCUUCUAUCUGCACAGCAUCUGGCAUGUCCUCAUCAGCAUCACCUUCCCUUACGGCAUGGUCACCAUGGCCCUGGUGGACGCCAGGUACGAGAUGCCAGGACAGACUCUCAAAGUACGCUACUGGCCUCGGGACACUUGGCCCGUGGGGCUGCCUUACGUGGAAGUCAUCGAUGACAAGAACUGCUGA